AUGGACGAGCUGGGCGAGGCGCCGGUGCUGCAGCUCCUGCAGGCCCCAGGCACAUACCUUGUGAAGCAGGGCGCCGAGGCCAAGGUGUAUCGCACGAUUCUAUGGGACGACGAGGCGAUGCUCACGUUCCCUGGUGGACGCACGGAGGCGCGUCCAGCCCGAGCUGAAUCGGUGCUCAUCAAGCACCGCUUCUUCAAGCGAUACCGACACCCAGCACUGUCCAAGAGCAUCACGGCGCAGCGGACUAUUUCGGAAGCGCGCUCGCUUGUGCGAAGCGCGCGCAGUGGUGUGCAUGUGCCGCGCCUCGUCUUGGUCGAUGAGACGCGCGGCGUUCUCGGCAUGGAAUGGAUCGACGGCUUGAGUGUGCGCCAGUGGCUGGGCGGCGUCCCGGAAGACGGCGAGAAGGAGGUGGACGUGUGUCCCAGUGAGGACGCCCAGCUGCAGGUCAUGAUCCGCAUCGGUGAACAGCUGGCGCAAAUGCACUGUGCCGAUGUGAUCCACGGCGACCUCACGACGAGCAACAUGAUUCUCCGUCCAGAUGGGCAGAUUGUCCUGAUUGACUUUGGGCUCGCAUCCGUCUCGAGCUUCUGGGAAGACAAGGCCGUGGACCUGUACGUGCUUGAGCGCGCAUUUGCGUCGACGCAUCCUGCGUCGGAGCCGCUCUUUCACCGUGUCUUGGAGAGCUAUGCUGCGUACACGACAGAGCAUACACGCGGUACCAAGACCAAGGGCGAGCUACAUGUCGAUGGCGCCUGGCCGCACAUUUAUGCGCGCCUACAGGAAGUACGCCUUCGGGGGCGGAAACGCAGCAUGGUAGGCUAA